AAACUCCCUGGUCACACCAUUAAUUCUAACCCCCACCCUAUGGAGAAGGAUGGUGAACAAAAAAGUAAAGCUAAAAGCUAUUUCAUAAUCUCUUCUCUUCUCUCACCUUCCUUCUUCCAGGCUCCAUGGGCAUGAAUCUUAUUAGGCCCCCUGCUUGAUUUUCCUCUGUUUCCUUCUCUGUUCUUGCAAUGGCUCGUAGUGGACAAUUACGUGAUUGUGAGCACAACCAUGUGGAUGUGGCGCUGACUCCACCACCAAGGCCGUCACCACCAAAGCCACCACUUCCUCUUUCUACUCCUCUUCACACGUCGUCUUGUAAGCAAGGGAAUGUCAUGAUCACUGGCGUAAUUGUCAUAGGAAGUAUGCUAAGUACUGCUCUUCUAAUUGCUAUUUUUUGCGCACUUGUCAGAUCUUAUUUUCUCAGGAGGAAUCGUUCAAGGACAGGAAGUAUGCCUCUUUUUUUUGGUGCUCAGGAAGAUUUUCUUGAUGAAGAUCGAGGACCAGAACCACAUUUAGACAACCCCAUAUGGUACAUCAACACUAUUGGACUCCAACAGUCGGUUAUUGAUUCCAUCACAGUUUUUAAGUAUAAAAAAGAUGAAGGGUUGAUUGAAGGGACCGAGUGUUCUGUUUGCUUGAAUGAGUUCCAAGAAGAUGAAAGUCUUAGGCUUUUGCCCAAGUGUAGUCAUGCUUUUCACCUUCCUUGUAUUGAUACGUGGCUAAGGUCCCAUAAAAAUUGUCCACUGUGUCGAGCCCCUGUUGUUUGUGAAUCCAUGGUUGCUCAAGCGUGUGCAUCGGAGCCUAAUUCGAGUGAUUCAGGUUCAAGGAACGAAACUCUGGUCGAAAAUUCAGAGAAUUAUGGUGGUUUGGGGAGAAAUGAUGUUGGUGAAGGUGAGACUAGUGAAGUGAGAACUUGUCCAGUUGAAGAUGAAAACACUAGUGAAAAUUCUAAGAAAAGUUCGGAACAUUCUAAGACAAGGAUUUCUGAUUCUGGUUCUCAAAUCUUAAGCAAUAUAGCUGGGGUUCAGGAUGACGAUCAACCGACGAGGAGGUCAGUUUCACUGGAUUUAUCUUCUGCCUUGGAAAUUCAUAGCGAUGUAGCUGGUCCAGGGAAUGGAGCACAUAAACAUCACGGAAGUUUGGAUACAGAAUUACGACAGCUAAAGUAUCCAAAGGUGAAGAUUGUUGGUAAGCGAGGCAGUGAAAGUUCAAGCAUAUGCAAGAUGAUGAAAAGUUGUUCUAUUGGGCGUUCUUUGUCCAAGGGGCAAAUUUCAAUGAAAAGGUCUUUCUCAAGUGGUGGAAAAUUCUUAUCAUCCAAAAAAAGCAGAAGCCAAGACUCGAUCCUUCCCUUGUGAAUUCAAGGCUAGUUAACAGCACAUAAUAAAAUUAAGGCUGCAUCUGUAUAAGGGUACAGAAUACAAGAAGAAUAGUUGGUUUUUGUAAAAAUAUUUGAGAACUAAAAUAUGCUUGCUUUGGUUAAAUCCUUAUUCGUAUGAUGUUUAAUUAUUAAUAAGCAAGGUUUAAUUUUUAGCA